AUGGUUCCUCCGAUACAAAAGAAUCCGCAUGUAGGAAGCAUUGCAGUAUUGCAAACAAAACCAGGAAAAAACGAUGCAUUAAACAUAUUGAAAAGGGUCGCUCAUAACGUAUCGUAUCUGAUGAAAGAGGAAAGGUUCAAAGUAAGACAAUUAGUUGAGUUUUAUCCACGGAAUCGAUCACUUUUAGGUAUGAACGUGAACAAAGGCAUGAAGAUCAUGUUGCGGCUUAGAGACCCAUUAGACGAAUAUAAAUUUCUACCGAUAGAAUCUAUUAUGGGUACCAUGCUUCAUGAGCUUACCCAUAAUUUACAUGGUCCUCAUGACCGAAAGUUUUACGAAAAGCUGGAUCAAUUAUCGGGAAGACAAUGGACCAUUGAACAAAUGGGACUUUACGACAGCUUUCUCGGCACCGGGAAAAGAUUGGGUAGCAAACCGAUGGGGUCGAUUAUUAUUGGAAAGACAUUAGAAAGAGGUAAAGGAAGAAGACUAGGUGGUACGACACCUGGAACAGGACCAAGAAGGAAUGCUAGAGAAAUGGCAGCAAUCGCGGCAGAUAAAAGGGCAGCGGAUAACAAAACAUGCUGCAACUCAAAUGAUCAGAAAAACUAUAUGCCUGUUCAAGAAGAUCUAGUAAUAGAACUUCUUGAUGAUGAUUCAAACGAAGAGAAUCAUAAUAUUGAAGUCACCAAGUUAGAAACCGCUGGGGGUAUAGAAAUUAUGGAUUUGACGUGA